AUGGUACGAUCGGUAAAAGAAAGUCUUCGAUCAUGUUUGAAAUCUGCUUUUGUUACGCAAGUCGAACUUUACACACUUUUGUGCGGAAUAGAGGGUCAGAUUAACUCUCGUCCUAUUUCUAUCGUGAGCGCAGAUCACGAAGAUCCUGCUCCUAUCACACCGGCUCAUUUAGUUUUGGGAAAAUCCUUGGUCCAAUUACCCGACUAUCCCAAAAGAGACAUGCUUCCUGUCAAAGCCGACGUGCGAUGGAAAUAUAAUCAGGAGCUUCAAAAGAAGUUCUGGGCUCGUUGGAGAAAAGAAUAUUUGGUUGCUUUACAGACGAGCAAUGCAUGGAAGAAAAAGGAUAAAGAUCCUAAACUUGGCGAAGUUGUUUUGAUCGCUGACAAAACUGUUCCUCGAUCUACUUGGCCUCUUGCUAAAAUUAUUGAGUUGGUUAUAAGUCGUGACGGACUCAUUCGAUCGUGUAUGUUGAAAACUUCCACGGGUAUCGUCAAGCGAAGCAUUAAUGUUCUUCAUCGUUUAGAGGAUGAUCUAUAAACCAACCCCCGAAUUGAUGUCUUUGCUAUCGCAUUAGUUUUGGUAAUUCAGCACUAAUGGCUGAUCUCUUUGAUCUUUUAAUUUUGCAUCAUUAAGCUGGAUAACGUCUCUUUUAACAGAUGACUUACUUGCCUUCACAAGUGAGUGUAUGCCCAUUAAUAGGGGUUCAACUUCUCACUUUGCCAAGCAUGUUCUUGACAAGCAAAAACUGCUGACUCCCCGUCAUUAGCUUUCCAUUUCAAACAGUCUUAGAUGUUUCUUUGCUCAUCAAUUUCUUGAAAACACGUUUGGCAUCAAUUUAUUGCGAUGAAUAUUGUUUCUUGUUUGACAAAAAACAUAAUUUCUUUCAGUUGAUAUUCAGCUUUCUGUCCAUUAAGAUGAACUUUAUAACGCUGUUUUCAACAUUUUGCCUUUUCUUUGCAAAUGGAAAAGGGGCAAAGUAUGAGCACCUCUUCAAACCACAAGGGCUGGUUGCGGGAGUCACCAGCUAUGGUCAUUUGACUUUUGACAUUGACCUUUCUGUCGUGGAGAAGGACCUUCGAGAAGCAGAAAUAAUCAUCGAACUGUUCAAAACCUUUAAAGUGCAAGAAGACAUUGACUCGGACGUGCGAAGGAUUGCGCGGUCCACCUAUCACAGUGCCCAACGCAACAUUCGUCAAAUACAAAGGGAAUGGGACAACCUUCGUUGGUCUCUAGAAUCUCCUAGUGAUAGCCGGGUCAAGCGCUUUAUAGUUUCUUCCAUCAUCGCCACUAUUGGAGUGGUGGGUUCCAUCGCAUCAGUAUUUUCGCUUUCGGAACUGGUAUCUUUAUCUUCUUCAGUUGAUGGACAUACCGAGGAAACCACUGAUUUUAUUAUUGAGACUCUACAGAACCAUGAGGCACGGCUUUCCGUCCUUGAGGAACAAACUUUGAGGAUCAAUAAUACCCUGAAGACUAUUGUGUUGUUUUCCGACACAAUGAAAACCCACGUUGAACUUGACCAUUUGAGCGUUUUGGUCUCAUCUUAUCUGCAGGCCCUCGAAUUUCAGGUCAAUCGUGUUUCAAAUGGGAUUAACUCCGUACUUGACGGAAGGAUAAGUCCCAAUUUGAUUGAUAGUCUUCAAGUGCAAGACGCAUUGUCACGUUUGUCCGAGAAAGCCAAAAAGUCGGGAUACAUUUCCACCAUUCAGGAUAGGCCCAGUGCUUUGUACAUGCUACCUUGUAGUUUUAUAAUGGUGGGAAAGUACUUGCGUGUCUUUAUACACGUCCCUCUUUUGAGGGCAGGUACCGUUAUGGAACUUUUUGAAUUCCAUGAUUUCCCGAUGUACCUCAAUGAUACUGACAAGUUUGUAAGUAUCAAGGAGGAUAGUAAUUUCCUGGCUGUAAAUGAGUAUCAUGAUGGCUUCCUUGUCUUGAAGAAGGAAGAGGUCAUCAAGUGCCCUUUGGUAGGACACGUUCGUUUUUGCCCGAACCACAAUAUCCAAUACAGGGACUUUUCCCGUAAUUGUUUGGCCUCUUUAUUUAAAGCCAAUUUGGAGGAUAUUCUUGCGGUUUGUGACUUUUGGGGUCACCAUGCCGUGGAAAAGGUAGAACAACUUUCUCCCAAUGAGUUCUUGAUUUUUCAUGCCUCAUUGACUAAACUCCGUAUCGAGUGUCCCAACAGGCCUCCUUAUAUUGAAGAGUUUAGAGGGACAAAACUUUUUAAUGUCGCUCCCAACUGUCGUGGAUACUCGCCCCAUUAUAUGUUCACUGCAGAGCACUCAUUCAACCUUUCGUUGAACUCGCAGUUAUCAUCCCUUGAGAUUGAUUUUUCAUUCUCAUUUGGGGUUAACAUUUCGGACAUUGUGUCUUCUUUAGACAAUGUGACUGCUUUUUCAGUAAGAAACAUUAGGAAGGAAAUGCCCCAGCCUUCCAGUUCAACUCCUCACUUUUGGGUGACUUUUGGACAUUCAGUAAUCAUCUUUUUGAUUAUUGGUGUACUGAUUUUUGUUGUUUUUACUUUAAGACAUAAACGUAAAAAAAUUCCCAUUGGUUCUUUACCAAAUCUCAUUAUCAAUACUUCUGGUGAUGGCAAUCGCACUGUUUCUGAGGACCCGACCUCGUCGAUUACGUUGUCGCGUGGACCGUCGAUUUUGAGGAGACCCUGAUUGCCUCGCAUUCGCCCUCAACCCCAACAAGACGAGGAGCCUUCUCUGACCAUUGGGUCUGGAAAUUGUUGAUGAAACUUUUGGACAGUUUCAUGGGGGAGUGUUGAUUCCAGCCAUAUCUUUUAUGUUGUGUUGUAUAUAUUCGUGUCAUGUCAUUCGUGCUCGUUGAAUAUUUGUACAGUGUUUUAUUGUACGUCAAAGUGAAUUUUAUGUAUCAUGUCAUAGCCUCGUGUCUUCUUCUUGUUUGCUGUCGUGAGGAUCCGUUUCUUUUAAUGGGCUUCAUCUUCACCAUGUGGAUAAUGAACUUUGGUAUCGUCCGAUCUUAUUCGGCCUUGAUCUGCAGUUUACAUGGAAGAUGGCAGAAGACACGAAGAGAAGUUGGAUUUUUCAGCUAAUGGAGAACAGACCUGUUUUAUUAGUUCGUCCAACGUGUUUGAUAUUUUAAUACAGUCCACCUAGUUACACUUUUGUGUUAACGCUAAAAAUACAAUUCUGACUAUCGAACGGA